AUGGGGAAAUCCUCCAAAGAUAAACGUGACGCCUACUAUCGCCUCGCAAAGGAACAAAAUUGGCGUGCCCGUUCCGCUUUCAAACUGAUUCAGAUCGAUGAACAAUUUGAUCUGUUCGAACAUGAAAACCCCGAGAAGGUGACACGAGUCGUUGACCUUUGCGCCGCUCCAGGAAGUUGGAGUCAAGUCCUCAGUCGAGUUCUGAUCAAGGGAGAAAGCUUUGGCCGGCGGGCGUGGAUCGAGAAAAAGCGAAAAGAGCGCGAGGCGUUGAGAAGAAUCGAUCAUGGGUCGGAGAGUGAGGGGCCAGCCGAAGAAGAGGGGAAGGAUGAAAUCGCCCAGUUGAAGCCCAGAAGAAACGUGAAGAUCGUCUCGAUUGACCUUCAACCCAUGGCGCCAUUGGAAGGCAUCACAACGCUCCAAGCCGACAUCACACAUCCGUCUACGAUCCCUCUGCUCCUUCGUGCCCUCGAUCCUGAAGCUUACGAAUCAGCAUCUUACUCCACCCCUACGGCCAUUCAACAACCCCACCCUGUUGAUCUCGUCAUCUCUGAUGGUGCACCGGAUGUCACCGGCUUGCACGAUCUGGACAUCUACAUUCAGUCACAGCUCCUCUACUCCGCAUUAAACCUGGCAGUGGGCGUCUUAAGGCCAGGAGGCAAGUUCGUAGCCAAGAUCUUCCGAGGCCGCGAUGUCGACCUCAUCUACGCACAGCUCCGCACCGUUUUCGAGAAAGUGAGUGUUGCGAAGCCGAGAAGCAGUCGCGCGAGCAGUUUAGAAGCCUUCGUGGUUUGCGAGGGCUUUAUUCCUCCAGCCAUUCAUGACGGCUCAGUCGGAAUGGAAGCAUUGAAGAACCCUCUCUUUGGCGGCGCAGCAGUACCACAGCCCGUGUCUGCAGACGGCAACAUUGGAGUCGAAGUACCCGACGAGGAUAGUGUAUCACAAAGAGAGACAGUCACACUUUCGGAAGCAGCGACGAUGUCUGCACCUGAUUCAAACCAACAAACUCAAAUUCGCAUGCUUCAUCCGCAAUCUUCAAUCCCGUCCCUGGCAAAUAAGCCCCAGCGUUUCGCCAUCGAGAACCGAUGGAUUCCUCCGUUCAUCGCCUGUGGCGAUCUUUCUUCCUGGGACUCUGAUGCUUCAUACUCCUUGCCCCCGGACUAUGUCAACUUGGAUCCUGUUCAGCCACCUACGGCACCUCCGUAUCGGCGAGCAUUGGAGCUACGGAAGGAAAAAGGUGGGGCUUAUGGUAAGACGAAGUUAGGAGCCGUGGGACGAGCAUAG